GAGCAGCUCUGCAACGAGCUGGGCGUCAAGAUCCGCUGCUUCGAGGUGUGGCACGACAGCAGGAACCUCGAGCUGCUGCAGAGGCUCGACGCUGGACGGUGCAACGGCGUGCCAUUCUUCUACAAUAAGCGCUCCAAGCAGUUCAUCUGCGGCGCAACCACGUACGAGAACCUCAAGACCUGGGCGCUGGGCAAGACGUGCGAGGAGUUUGCGCCGCCGCCGGAG